GUGCCACCUCAGCGGUGACACGUCAGCAGCAGGCGAAGGCCAGAGUACUUGAUGCGCCGCAGCCAACGACUUGCUGAGCGCGGUUCCGCAAGAGCCAAGCCUCAAGAGGAACCUAAGACCCCCCGGAUCCCGCGCAGGCGACGCACGACCAUGGCUGCUACCGCUGACGACAAUGCACAAGCCAGCCCCAAGAGGCCGGUUACCCCUCCCAUCCCAGUUCAGCAGACCGAUGAACCGCUUCUAGCGUUUCUCAAACGGCUCCAGAUCUACUCGGAGACCACAGCAGCUGAACUCAGCAAGUGGGAAGAGGAGGAAGCCGCCCGCCAGCAGGAAAUUCAACGCCAACUGGCAGAGGCAGAGGCAGCACGACAGCAGGCUGCAGCAGAAGCUGCAGCAGCCGCACGGUUGCAGCAGCAGCAGGUCGAAGCAAGUCAGAACCAAGCCCGUUACCAAGCUACAAUGGAGCUCGCCAACGACGAAGCCAUGUACCGGAGUGUACUCCGACAGCAGCAUUUUCGAGCAAAUGAAGAACAAGAGGAGUCGACCGAGGACGAGAGAAACAAGGAAGCCACAACAGUUUUGAUGGAGAAUUUGUUGUGCACGUGCAAUUGGCAGGAAGGUGAACUGCUGGCCAUGCGGCAGGUCUUCAUCCGCCAGGAAACAACAUUCAAGGCAUUGGACAAGAAGAUCGCUACCUUGCAGACCGAGAUCAGCACACUACACGCCGCCAACAGCCAGCAGCAGACACUCAACGACCAGUUGCAGACCGAUGUCAGCAUGCGGUUGGCACAACUGUCGGCAGCUGCGUCAACGGGCAGUGCAGUGGUAGACUGCAGCCCAGCUUUGGCCGCGCACGCCAAGCAACUCAAAGAGCGGAUCAACCACAUGGUCGCAUCCCUCGGCGACAUCAGCAAGUUUGCUGGAGCAUCGACAGUCAGCAAUCAGCUGCAGACGCUCAGCGACCGCGUUGAGCAACGACCGGCCGCUGCCGCCAAGGAAUGGAAGAUGCCGAACUUCAAGAUCGAGAAGUUCGAUGACUAUCACAAGACUGAUCCACUGCAAUGGUGGAUGGCUUUCAACGCGGAGGCGGAUGUACAUCACACCCCCGCACAUCAGCGGCUUGACGCACUCUACCUCCAACUCAUCGGAGGGGCACAGGCUUUCAUGACACACAUGGCCGUCACGUUAGAAUGCACCAUCGCCAACCUCCACACUAAGAUUACGUGGGAGGAAUUCGAGUAGAAAUGGAAGACCCGGUUCAUGGUCAACAAUGACAAACGGCACACCAUGAACAAGAUCUUCCGCAUAUACCAAGGCCAACAAACGUCACGGGAAUGG